GGAGGCGGCGCAACGAGGCCGACGCCAGGUAUUCGAGGCCCGACUGCACCGGGGAAUAUUGUAUUACGAUGAUCAGUGACACGUGCGGAUAUGUUUACUUCCUGCUGCUGCUGCUGCUGGUCCCGUACAUCGAGAGCGCUCGUCGACUGAACGAGUACAUUCGUCACUACGAAACGCUGUCAUAUCCCGUCGAGGAGGUCCACCGAAGUCACCUGAGGGCGAAGAGGUCGAUCAACCGCGACACCACCGUGACGUUAAAGUUUCGCGCGCACGGCAAGGACUUCCACAUCCGAUUAAAGCGGGACUUGACCACCUUUAGCAACAACUUAAUCAUUGAAGGAUCCAGAGGGGAGAGACAUUACGAUUCUGACGUGUCUCACGUUUAUCAGGGCAACCUAGUCGGCGAACCUGGUAGCCACGUGUUCGGAAGUGUCAGUGAUGGAGUCUUCCACGGGAAGAUAGUAUCACCGAAAAGUGGUGCGUGGUACGUGGAAAGGGCGCAUUACUAUUUUCCGCCGCAUGAGAUAAACGAGACAUUGCAUUCUGUGAUCUAUCACGAGAAUGACGUCGGUGAUCCGUACGUGGAUGUUCGACAAGGUGACGGCGGUGGAUGUGGCAUUACUAAUAGUGACGUAGUAGAGUGGAUGGAAAUGGUGCAGAAUUCCGCUCUACCAGAUGAAUCGCCUAAGACAGUCCCGUCAACAAACCAGAAGGAGCCAAAACCAAAUGUUGCACCUUGGGAUGGCGAUACCCGGGAGGCUCCAGAGCAUAAGUACACUAGAGAAGCUAAUGAACCUAGUCAUCGCAGGCCACGAAGAGCAACCAGGUCGAAAGAAAACAACACUUGCUCACUCUUCAUACAAACGGAUCCUCUUAUAUGGAGGCACAUCUCUGAACAGCUGCAUCACGACGUGGAAAAAACCAGGGAGGAAAUAUUGUCCUUGAUCGCACACCACGUCACCGCCGUGAAUUACAUCUACAGGGACACGAAAUUCGAUGGUAGGACGGAGCAUAGAAACAUCAAGUUCGAGGUUCAACGAAUAAAGAUCGAUGACGAGACGGCGUGCACGCCUCAACAGCCAUACAGCGAACCGAACCCUUUCUGUUUGGAGAACAUUGACGUUAGCAACUUUCUGAAUCUCCAUUCUCUCUCGAAUCACGAGGACUUCUGCCUCGCCUACGUUUUCACCUACAGGGACUUUACUGGUGGUACUCUCGGUCUCGCCUGGGUCGCUUCCGCGUCUGGCGCGUCCGGUGGUAUCUGCGAAAAAUUCAAGACUUAUACUGAGACCGUGUCCGGGCUGUAUCAAUCCACUAAGAGAUCCCUCAAUACCGGCAUCAUAACUUUCGUAAAUUACAACAGCCGUGUGCCGCCUAAAGUGUCACAGCUGACUCUGGCGCAUGAGAUAGGUCAUAACUUCGGAUCACCGCACGAUUUUCCGCCGGAAUGCAGACCGGGGGGCUUGGACGGUAAUUACAUUAUGUUCGCCUCGGCGACGAGCGGAAAUCGACCGAACAACAGCAAGUUUUCAAAGUGCAGCAUUGGCAAUAUCAGCAACGUCCUAGAUGCUAUCGAGGAUAAUAAGAAGAGGAACUGUUUUACUGGAGCGUUUUGUGGAAAUAAAAUUGUCGAGGCUGGCGAGGAGUGUGACUGCGGAUAUGACGACAACGAGUGCGUGGACAAGUGCUGCUAUCCCAGACAGGUGUCUGAGCUGGAUAAGAUUAAGAAUGACACCGCGAAAGGUUGCCAUAGGAAAUACGGGACUCAAUGCAGUCCUAGUCAAGGACCCUGUUGUUCGAGUGAAACGUGCCAGUUUGUGCCCCUCUCCCAUCGAGUUCAGUGCAGGGCCGAAUCAGACUGUAGUUACAAUUCUACAUGCAAUGGAAAGUCCUCCGAAUGCCCAUCGCCGUUACCAAAAGCCAACAAGACUAGAUGCAAUGAAGGCACUCAAUUGUGCAUCAACGGGGAGUGCACAGGAUCCAUUUGUUUGGAGUGGAAUCUGACAGAGUGCUUUUUAACGAGCAACAUCAUACCGAACAUCGACAAGCGAAAGCUCUGCGAAUUAGCCUGUCAAAAUGGGACUGAUGCAUCAACAUGUCGUGGGACGAGCGAGUUUGCACACAUGGUGGGAUUGCCCGAGGGUGGAAUGAGUCUCAGACCUGGUUCACCUUGCGAUAAUUUUCAGGGUUAUUGCGAUGUUUUCUUGAAAUGCCGAGCCGUUGAUACGGAAGGACCGCUUGCGAGAUUGAAAAACCUGUUGUUCAAUAAAGAAACUUUAUCGUCGGUAGCGCAAUGGAUAACUGAAUUUUGGUGGGCGGUGUUAUUAAUGGGUAUAGCUUUCAUCAUAUUUAUGGGACUGUUUAUCAAGUGCUGUGCUGUGCACAUUCCUUCUACUAAUCCCAAAAAGCCACCUGCGAGGCGUAUCAGUGAUACAUUAACAAGACCGAUGAAUACUCUUAGAAGAAUGCGACAUCCGCACGGUGGUGGUGGAGCUGGGCCAAGGAGUAUACCACCAAGAGGUCCAAGUCAAGGUGGACAUGGAACGCGUGGACCCUCUCAUGGUUAUGGAGAGGGUAGAGGUGCUCAAUAUUAUCCAAAAGCAGGAUAUCGCUCGGUUCCCACAGCUAGUGCGCCACCAAGUAGCGGGUCAGCAGACAAUUACGGGCGUUCCAAUCACCCAGAGCUGUAUGCCGGCGCCUAUUCGGGCUCCGGCGGAGGUGGGAGGAGCACAGCAUAUGAGAUGAGACAUCACAACAAGGUGUGACGAUCCUAGGAUGUCGUCAAGGACGAGGACCAUCAAUCGCGGCGUUGUACCACGAGUCGUUGUGUAGAACGAUUGCCAAAAUCGAAGAGAACCGAUCCACUCCACGUAAGGGAUGCAACGAUAACCGAGGUCGAAGCAAUAAUGACGAGUUACAGCACAAUGGUCGAACAGAUUGAGAGGUCCGGCGAUAUAUACUCUUUUAUCUGAGUUAUGUAGAAUUCAUAUAAAGAGACACGCGUAGAUACAAAGAAAGUAUGCAUCGGUGAUCAAAUCGAUCUCUCAUUUUGUAUCGAUUUAGUAGAUGUAAUUUCGCGGAAAUAAACGUUACGAACGACGACUCGAAAGAUUGACCAGAAUCACGAUGACGUAUAUUGUAGAAUAUAUUACGGAAAUCGUGAAUACCGAGAAUUUUAUAUGUAAUCUUUUUUAUGUAGCACCAAUGCCGCGUCUUUCGUGUUGUCGUUCAAAAAACUCGUCGCAUGAUCAAAUUUUAGAAUGCUUCGCCAAUGAUGGUGAUAUUGUUAUAUGAUCAAAGUAAUUUAAAUCGAUCCAACGUGAUUCAUUUCGCUUUAAUAAUUGACGCUGUACUCGCAGAGUGACAAACGCGGCGAUGUUAUAAAGGAAAGCGUGUCGCAUCUUUGUCUCUCGCCACUACGAAGACUUAAGGCCAAGAUCGUAUGGUCUUUGUGUGACGGCGUCCCUCGAGAUGUCGAUAUUCUGUGCAUGUCGCUCUCGAAAGUUAGAUUAAGAGAAUCUCUAAGACCUUGUUUGUUAGAAAUCAAAUAAGUUUAACGUGGGAAAUUGGCAAUAAGACAAUAUGUCCUUUGGUAAACAGCGCAUGUAAAUGAGCUUUCCAAAGGCGGCUUGUACUCAUAUUCUAUUUAUCGACGAGUAUAGAAUAAAAAAUCGUCUUUUUAAUCAGAUCAAAAUUUUAUCGUGGAACAAUAAUGAUUUAAUUUAGUUUUAAAACUUGAUGUGCGAUUAAAUUUCAGUAGAUGCACCGUGAUAGAAAAUUGGACUAGAAAAUUGGAACUAUCGCGUAUAAAGUAUCACCAGAUACACACCGUUAUGUUUAUUCGCAAUUUCAUUACCUAAAAUAUUUUUUUAACUGCUUUCUGGAGCGAAA